CUGCUGGUGCGCAGCCGCGCUGCCGGUUGUCUGGCCAGUGGUGGCGGCGGCGCGGUGCUGGAGACUCCUAUCUCUGGGACAGGGUGGUGGAGGCGGAGUCCGUGGCGGCGGCGGAUCAGGUGCUGACCUGAGUUCAUGAAGUGUUAAAUCAGAUAUUACUGAACGAUUUGGAGUCAAGUUUACCUGCCAGUUUCCAACUGCGUAAUCAAGCUGUCAUUUUUGACCAUGUGCCUUUAGGUGGUGCUGUCGGUAAUUUAUUUGGGUACUUGAGGUGACUAUCAAGAUGUUGUCCUACUCGAGCAGAAUUUCAGCCUUUGAAACUAGACAUCCUUUGGAAACAGAUGCUCAAGAAACUGGAAUAGAUCCAUUACAAAAUGAACUGGUAAAAAAUGAUGAUGAUGGUGAGAAUAAUGAAAACGAGGAAACAAAAAUCCUUUCAGAAUUUGACAAUGGGAAAUACAGCUCCUAUAGCAAGGAGUGGGAAGACCUGUUUGAACACAGUAAUUACUUUGCAAGAAUAAGACUGAUGGGGAUUAAUGGGCAGUUGAGAAGCAGCCGCUUCCGAAGUGUUUGUUGGAAGCUGUUCUUGGAAGCUCUGCCUGAGGAUAAAAAGCAGUGGCUUAAUAAAGUAGCAGAAUUAAGAUCUCACUAUGAACAGAUAAAAGAAAUUCAUAUCACAAACCCUCGGAAAGCCGCUGGACAGCAAGAUCUAAUUGUCAAUAACCCACUUUCACAGGAUGAAGGGAGUCUUUGGAACAAGUUUUUUCAGGAUAAAGAACUUCGAGCAAUGAUUCAGCAAGAUGUGACAAGAACGUUUCCUGAAAUGCAGUAUUUCCAACAGGAAAGUGUGAGGCAUAUCUUGACAGAUAUCCUGUUUUGUUAUGCGAGGGAAAAUGAGCAGCUGCUUUACAAGCAGGGCAUGCACGAACUACUGGCUCCCCUUGUCUUUGUUCUGCACUGUGAUCACCAAGCCUUCUUGCAUGCAAGUGAAACAGCAAAUCCAAGUGAGGAAAUGAAAGCACUCCUCAACCCUGAAUUCUUGGAACAUGAUGCUUAUGCAAUGUUUUCGCAACUUAUGGACACUGCAGAACCAUGGUUUUCGAGCUUUGAAAGAGAAAUAAGAAAGGGUAAAGAGGAGAUGGUUACAGCUGUGCCCUUUGCAAGACCUCAGGAUUUGGGACCAUCACUUGCUAUAGUUUCUAAAGUGAAUCGCAUUCAAGAUCAGUUAUUAAAAAAAUAUGACGCAGAGCUUUACAUGCACCUCAAUCGACUUGAAAUAGCUCCUCAGAUUUAUGGAAUACGAUGGGUCAGACUUUUGUUCGGAAGAGAAUUUCCCCUUCAGGACCUUUUGGUGAUCUGGGAUACGUUAUUUGCUGACAGUGUCACCCUGGAUUUAGUUGAUUAUAUUUUUCUAGCAAUGGUGUUAUACAUAAGGGAUGUCUUAAUUGCCAGUAACUAUCAGACUUGCCUUGGACUGCUUCUCCAUUAUCCUUCUAUAGAAGAUGUCCAUUCUUUUAUCCAGAAGUCACUCUUUUUAAGAGAUCCAAAGAACAAUCCAAGACCAAUGAAUUACCAGUUCCAACAGAAUCUAGAUUAUUACAGGGCACGUGGCGCUGAAAUUGUAAACAAGACACGUGUUGGGGCAAAGGUUGCUCCUCUCAACAUCAACAAGGUGUCCAGCAGUUUACUGAACCUUGGACGGAAGUUGAUAAAUCCAGCUAUCUUAGUUGGGGGCACCAGUGGUUUACAAAAUUUUGGUACAAACUACAGCCAUCCUUCACCUCAGCCAUCGUCCCAAAAAGUAAUGGUGGAGCACACUCAGCAACACCAGCAACAGCGAAUGAUGAAAUCGGAAAGCAUGCCUGUGCAACUCAGCAAAGGACAGAUAGUUACAGGAGAUGAUGCUAAGGCUUGUAUCCCUGUCAAGACUAUAACUGAGCUUCCAGGUCACAGCAGCAGUCACGUUAGUGCUUCACCAAGUACUGAGAGUUUGCCCACUGCGAGGGAUAACACAGCAUCCCCUCCACAUUCUACUGCUAAAAAGGAUUCAUUCUUUAGUACAAUCUCUCGUUCACGAUCGCACAGUAAAACAAUGGGUGGCCGAAAAGAUACGGAGGACGAAUUGGAGAGCCAAGUCUCAUUUCUGCAAGGUCAACUGAAUGACCUCGAGGCAAUGUGCAAAUUCUGUGCCAAGAUGAUGAAUACACAUAUAUGCAAAAUACAGGAUGUGAUUCUAAAGGAAAAUCUUCAAAAGGAGGAUGAAGUUUUGGUAUCACUGGCUGGACUCAAGCAGAUUAAAGACAUUCUGAAAGGCUCCCUGCGUUUUAACCAGAGCCAGCUGGAGGCCGAGGAAAACGAAGAGAUUACAAUAGCAGAUAACCAUUACUGUACCAAUAACCGAGCAGAGGGGGAGAGCAUAAAGCUGCCACAAGCUGACAGGGAGAUGCAGGCCACGGUGAAAACUGAAGAGGUCACAUCGCUGACUUCCCUGAAUUCAGACGGUAGAAAUUCAGAUGACUACAUCUUAGUCUCAAAGGAAGAUGAUGACUUAAUGCACGAGCACUUAUCCAAGAAACUGGAAGCCACAGGAGCCACAUCAGAGAAACAACAAACCUUACGAGCAUCCCAUGCCUCUGAAGCGACUGGAAAACACACACCGCAGUCUUCCGUCUUCUCUGACCCUCUGACAGGUGGGGUUCUGUGCCUACCAUCCAGCAACUCGGAAUCCAGUCCAGAUGACGACAGCAGCAACAGCAAGGAUUCCGAUUUCACAAUUGUCAGCCCUCUGGACAUCUGAAAGGUUCUGAGUCAGAACUACUCUCCCCAUCAAUGCAAACGCCAUUUAUCUGCACACUAACAAAAUUCCAUAAGGAUUGAUUAACAACUGAAACUCUCCUCCCUCAGUUUGAAGGUGGUAUAAUGUUUAUAUAUACCUGUGUUUAAUAAAGAAUAUUGGAAUGUAAUUAAAUGUUGGGUCACAGACAUCAAAUGUAACUCCUUACCUUUUGACUAACUCACUUCCACACCACUCAUCAGAUAUCUUUGAGCUUCUCUCCCAAGUAGGUCAGACUGUUAUGCCUUGUAAGAUGGGUUUUUUCUUACGGUGGUCAAGAGUAUACAAACCAGUGCAGAAAUCGGUCUGGAGAUUGUGCCCGUUUCACUGCACUGCACCUGCACUCUCACCUCAGCAGAAAAAGGACUUUGGGAGUUUUAUUGUUCAAAACAAAAUAUAACAAUUUCAGACAUUGAAAUUAUAUGGGUAUUUCUAAUAACUAUUGGAGGGAUAAAGAUUUUAAUUAAUUAAUAAUGGUACUCCCCCCCCCCCCCCCCCACAAGUUUGUGAUGGCAUUUUGAAAUGCAGAAAAGCACGAGUGUCUUUUCCCUUUGUAGAAGCACUGGACCUCUUAGUCCCUGGAUCCUUAACGCCUCUAUCAAUUAAUGAUUAUACAGGUACAUGAAAUCAGACUUUUGCCGUUUUAUUAAUCUGCCAAUUUGAUUCCGAGUCUGGAGCUUUAUAGCCCUUUAUUCUAAUUGCUGUUUGAAUACUUCAUCAAAGUAAUACUGAAAUGUGUUUACAUUGUGCUUCCAAUUUUACAAAUAUUAGCAAUGAUAUCUUUAUUCAAAUACUUUCUCUUGUAUGUACUCUCGCCUUGGAGCAAUUUGCAAAGUUGGGCACUGGGGGCUUCAUGAAUAUCUAGUCAAUAUUGCUGAGUAGUUGUUUUAAAAGUAGCCGCAUGUAUAUUUUAUACUGUUUCUACUAUACGAAUCUGCUGCAUUCCACCAAGCAAUUACUGUAACACAGAUUUUGCUUCCAUUGGUGGUACUUGAUUCUACAAAUUAUUGCUACAAAGCUUAAUUUUGGAUGUGGUAUAAGAACGUGUAGUGUGUAACUGAGAAAAAUCACUGGAAAGCAUUGUACCAAGAUUUACUGUAGCGUUUUUAUGAAAAAUCUCUUAACCUUUUAAUACAUCUUAAAUCUUCAGUGAGCCACCGAGAAACUACUUAGAAUGUAUACCAAAUGCCAUAUCCAAAUGAUGUGCUUAUUGAAGUAUUGACCUAUUAUAUAGAAAACAAUGUUAUUAAACAAAAUUGUCAGUAGAAAAAGAUUUUUUUUACCGAAUAGAUUUACAGGACCAUGUAUUGUACCGAGGAUAAAACUAUUUGCACAACCUGUAAUUUAUUCUGAACUAUACAAAUUAAAUUGCAGAAGAUAAUUUUGUCCAGAAACAUAAUGAUGAUUCUAAUAGUGCAGAACUUGCUUAAUGAAUUGAAAUAUUACAAACAUUAAAAAAAUGAAUAAAAUUAUCAAUAGACCA